UAUUCUCGAAGUGUGUUAGAAUAAGGGAAAAAAUACCACCUUAUUUUAUUUUUUAAAAAAGGUAUUUAUUUUGUAGUUUAACGAAGGUAACUUUUAAGAUGAUAAAAAUGUGAUUUUCGACACAACUUUUUAAAACUAUACUUUUUUAAUAACAUAUUUACUAGUAUUUUAUUAUUUUCUUUGGAUUAUCAUGUUACUUAUUAUUCCUUAUUAGUUAGUUACCACUAUAUGGCCUUAGGUUCGUGUUGUAUUGCCGACUUUUCAAAUUACACUUCAUUGAAAUUAAUGACAGGGUCUGUGUGACCCAGUAUGUGCUCCGAGGGUUAAUAUCUCGAGGUUUAGGACCUGUAUUAGGUCUUAAACUUUAAAAUCACGUUUGAUUUUUUUAUUUUAGAUGAUUCUGCGAUGAGCUACAGUGGUUACCGUAAAGGACCUUGAUUUUGACCAGUGUACAUAGCAACCUCUGUAGAAGGAGCAUAAUAAUAUUUUUUAAGAUCGCAAUUUUUUUUAAAUAGUUCUUGACGUAUAUAGUAACAUGUAAAAACUUUUGAUCAAUUAUAUUUUAAAACUUAUGAGUACACGAUCUUUUAAAAACUUUCUAUUUUAGGGCAAAAAAAUUUAGGAAACCCCUUAACCUUAAGAUUAUUUUUUGAUUUUUGGUUUUAAAUCACUGGGGAGUGUGCUAGGUCUGCAACCGCAGAGCGCCUCAAAAUCGAUGCGUCGACUAUGACACCCUCUAGAGCCUAACAAUACACCCCUACGUAAUUUCUUACAAUCAAAUAGAUAGGCGGCUUCCAUAAAUGAUGUCACAGGAUUUUCGGACAUUUUCGACCCCCCCUCCCCUAUGUCACAAUUUCUCACAUUUUUUCAGACCCCCCCCCACCCCUAUGUCACGUCGCAAUAUUCAAAACAGUUAUUUUUCAUGAAAAAAAUCUUUUUUCAAUAAAUAGAAAUUUAGUUACUUUAAAUAAUCCCUCAACUAAUGAAUUUGCUUAUUUUUCAAGCAUUUUUAAUGCAAAUAUACUUGCAAAAGAAAAUCAGGACAAAAUUAAUAAUAAUUGCGCACUAAUUGUAUUCUGAAUUUUCACAAUUUUAUUCGAAAACAAUGUAACGAACCAAUUCGUAAUUGACUCGUUAUCGUCAUUUAGCUGCCCUUCCAGGUGAUUUUCCCAAAUAUUCUAUAAUUCAAAUUUGAAUUAUUCGCCCGCGCUAUUACCAACUUAAGAAAUUCUUAAGUUGGUACGCGUGAAACUUAGCAGACGACAAACGCACAUGUUUGCCGACGCCGAAAAUUAUUUCAGAGAGAGAACAGCGUUCUCAGCGAUAAGUCGUUAUAAUAAACAAAUAAAAGAAUCUAUCGUUAUAUUGAGCAUACAAGUAUUGCGAAUCGACAAAUGUAUUAAAAUUUAUUAAAUAAAUAGUGAGUAAAAGAAACAGAUAGCGCAUUUUAUUUAAUUCAAGCGUAAUUUGAAUAUUCUUAUAUUAGAAAUUAAAUUUAUUGGAACUAGCGCACUGAAAUAAUUAAACUCAACAUAUUCGAGAUUUGUCAAUCAACAUGAACAGCGCAGAAAGGAUCACCGAGGACCCUACAACCUCAACGUUGCCUCAGAUUCCAAUUUUGCGCGUGCAUAUGACAUCUGGAGAGUCAAGCGAUGUCACCAUCACUAGUGAGCCCAGCGAUCUGGUUACAGUGCAUAAAUCUGAUUUCGAGGCUCUACUAUCAGAACGACGCGAUCUGAUCGAGAAAUUAGCCGCUACGCGCAAGCAAUUGUUGAUCUUGGAGGAGGAUUCCAAAUUUAACGCCACCUCUUCAACAAAGCCCAACACCGAUCUCGAGGAUCAAUACAAAGCCCUCGUAGAUCUUGUGAAAGAGCGCCAUGAUCUCUCUACGCAGAUCACAAGGAUCACGGAAGAGUCCAAUGAUCUUCGUGCUGAAUGCGCAAAGAUGAAGAAGGACUUGAAAUCCUAUGAAGUCGACUACAACCAGCUGUCCGAAGACUAUUCUUACCAGGAAGAAUACAGCAACCGACUUCGAGAAUUGUUCAACCGAACAGUAUCGGAAGUUUACCACGCGCUUGCUAAUUUGCGCGAGCCCAAGCUUCGUCUAAAGGUCCCAGAAGGAUGCCUAAAUUGCGGAACACCAGGGCAUAGUUUCCGUUCCUGUCACAGAAGAUUUUCAGGAAAAUUCUGUCAAGUAUGCGCGCAUCCUGACUUCUCAACAAAAGAGUGUCCAUGGCCACACUUCCCAAGCGCAUCUACUAACAUUCCAGAAAAUCGUAGAUGCAAGACCUGCUGGCAACCGAAGAAUUUGCCCAAUCCGCACUGAGCCGAUUGUCGCAAACGAAUGAUCGCCGACGGCAUCAUCAAGCGCAAUAAAUUAGCGCAAGAAUUGGAGAAUUCAACGUCUCAGCUGUCUUCCUCUAGCCAAUCAAAACCUAGGGAUCAAGCCUCUGCUUCAGCCCCUAGUAGCGCUGCAGCCUCUCAUGUGAAGGAAGUCAAUGUGUCGUCCAUCGCCAUCAACAAUUCCAGAAGCGACAUAUCAAUCCGAUCUUGUUCGUCAUCUAAGGUUGGAAUGCCCCAGUCUAGCCACAAGACUGGAACGUCCUUAAAAAAUUCAUCUGCGCCACCCAUGACCGAACCACCUCUCGAUGAAGGUAUUGCCGCUAAGUUGGCCGCCCUGCCAAUUAGAGAUCGCUCGCACAGUGCGCAAAACCUCAUCUCUCCACGUGAAUCCGAUGAGGAUAAUAUUGCUCUCUGGGAGGAUCUCAAGGACGCCCUUGGAAUUGGACUGGACAAGGAUGACGAGAAAGAGCGGAACUCUUUCUCUUCCACGCGCUAGUUGCUCUACUGCAUUAACUAUUUUGUGUUCAAGAAAAUUAUUUUCCCUUUUGAUACUUCUUUUUUUUUACAUGUAUUACUAAUUAUUAGAUCUUAGUUUUCAGUAUUACCAUUGUUUUUGUAGUUUAUCUCUUUAAACAUUUAAAACGUUAAACUUUAAACAACAAAGUAUUACUUAGGUUUAGUUAAAAUACUCAUUUUCUUAUUCAUACUAUUAAAAUCUCUCUUUUUACUUUUGAAUAACACUGUUAUCCUUUGAUAACCAAAGAUAUUGUUCCAAAGUGCCAAUUGCGCCAUUGCGCAAAAACAAAAAAAAUAUA